AUGCUCGCACGGAGAUAUCUUGUCGUGUGCUUCGGGGUGGAUGCCAAGAAUCGAGCCAGCAGCGACGCCUUCCUGAUCGACUGCAAAGCUGACGAGAAGAUCGAAUCGAAAGUUCGGGAGGCACAAGUCUACCUUCCUCCUCCUCUCGGCGUCCCCGCGGUAAGACCCGAGGUUGAAGCUUCAGACGUCAAGGUCGCAGAGCCUUCGAGUCCGCCCGAGGCUGCGGGGUUGGAGGAGGCAGACUCAACUCGAGACCGCCCGAUGCUCGUCGAAGACAUCUCAGACUCCGUGGUGCUGAAAACGUCAGGGACCUCCCAGGCUGAACAUUUCAAGAGCGUCCUGAGGACUAUCUGUUCAGAGAUGCAGAAGGGAGGGAACUUCUUCGACCUCGUCAACAUGAUGGGGGAAGCUGGAAUACUGACGGCCUCGCAAGGAAGAAAACUUCUCUUCCUUGCCAAUCAGUGCGAUGCCAGGGUGCUUCAAGCCUUCACUGCACUGGAGAACACGUCAGGAGAGGAGCGGACGGAGCAAAUCACGGAGAUCUGUUGUAUUGCUAAGGAGCUCAACGACAGAUCGAAUCGUCUGCUCAACGAUGAGGAGAAUUUUUGA